UUCUUCAUCUUGAUUUCAGAAGUCAUUUUUUGCAGGGCAGGUAAUUCAAACAGAGAUAUCUUUAUACUGGUUUAUUCACUCGGUGAGUUAUUAACCUGUUAAGGGCAGGCAAUAUUUCAAGGUUCAUUUGCUCUCUCUCUCUCUCUCUCUCUCUCUCUCUUUUUACUAUACCUGAGGUGACUCUGGCCCCUCCCAUAUGUUCCAUUGUCUGCCCCCCUUCACGACACACAUAGGCACACUGGAGCGUUUCAAUGAGCUCUUUGUAGGGGGUUGAGGUAUGUAGUGAAAGUCUGCGUGUGUUUGGGUUUUUUUACCAGCAGCUAGUGGAAGAACUUUGGAGGUUUUUAAAGGUGUACUUGUUAACCGAUUUACAAAGACAAUAUAGACAAAAAGAGAAGACAGAAGUGUUCAAAGUCACAAAUCUGCCUUGUGUUUGGACUGAAAACGAGAGAGAAGAUAAAUCAAUCACACAUGAUCUUCAAGGAAGGUUGGGCAAACACAUGGGGCAAUGCUAAGUGAAUGGUUUUGGUGGGAUCGGCUUUGGUUACCAAGGCCUGUGACAUGGGCGGACCUACAAGAUGGAGAGGGGCGUGUCUAUGCCCGUGUGUCCCACCUGUACGUCACUAUACCUGUAGCAGUACUGCUGCUAGGGCUAAGAGCAUUAUAUGAAAGACUGAUCGCUAUGCCACUCGCUAAUGCCCUUGGGGUUAAAGACAAAGUUCGCUUGAGAGCGUCGCACAACCCAGUGAUGGAAAAAUACUUUAAUACACACUCGAAACAUCCAACACAGGAAGAUAUAAACGGUAUUUGUAAGAAGUCUGGCUGGUCGGAAAGGCAGGUGGAACGCUGGUUCCGCAGAAGGAGGAACCAAGACAGACCCGGAUUACAAAAGAAAUUUAAAGAAGCCAGUUGGCGGUUUGCUUUUUAUCUGCUAUCUUCUCUCGGAGGAGUGCUGGCUCUAUAUGAUAAACCUUGGUUUUAUGACCUACGAGAAGUGUGGGCAGAAUUUCCCAAACAAUCACUGCUGGAUUCUCAGUACUGGUAUUACAUCAUUGAGAUGAGUUUUUAUGGAUCUUUAUUAAUCAAUGUGGCUGCAGAUGUGAAACGUAAGGACUUUAAGGAGCAGUUGGUCCAUCACUGGGCAACUUUAACACUGCUGUCCUUCUCAUGGUGUGCCAACUACAUCAGAAUUGGGACACUGGUCAUGCUCGUGCAUGACACAUCUGAUGUCUUAAUGGAGUCUGCUAAGAUGUUCAACUAUGCUGGAUGGGAGACUACAUGCAACAGUAUCUUUGUGGUUUUUGCUGUGGUUUUUAUGAUAACCAGACUCAUCAUCUUUCCAUUCUGGCUGAUUCACUGUACGUGGGUGUAUCCUCUGGACCAGUUUGAACCCUUUUUCGGCUAUUAUUUCUUUAAUGUAAUGCUGGUGGUCCUGCUGCUGUUGCAUGUGUUCUGGGCCUCAUUGAUUCUUCGCAUGGUCAAAAAGUUCCUUUUCGGAAAACUAAAAGGUGAUGAGAGAAGUGAUGAGGAAGAGGAUGAGGAGGAGUCUGAGGAAGAGCACACAUGCAAUCAUACUAAUGGAUCUGUGAAAGGACUGUCUAACGGUCAUUGACACAUAGUGAGACGUUUUAUACAUACAGAU